UGGCAGCGUUAAUAAAAGAAUGAUGAGUUGUCAGAUGGUGUGGUGUGCUGGGCUAGCACUCCGGGAAGUAGUCACCACUCAUGUGAUAGUGCAGUAGAGACGCAGUUGAGAGAAGUACCCAGUUCCACUGGCGACUUGAACGGCACCUACCCAGAGCCGUUCUUUUGAGUUUUCUUCUGCAGAACCCAUGUUGUCACAUCUUUCCAUUGACUGUGUCCUGCUGUGGCUGCUACUACUUACAAGGUCUUUGGAAGGGUCGUUCGUAGUUGAGGUGGGUCAGAAUGCUUAUCUGCCCUGCUCCUACUCUCCAACCAGCUCUGAGAACCUGGUGCCAGUGUGCUGGGGCAGGGGUUCCUGUCCUCUGUCAAAGUGUCCAAGUCUGGUGCUCAGCACUAAUGGAAGGGACGUGGAAUACCAGAAAGCCAGCAGAUACCAGCUAAACGGGAAUAUCCACAGAGGGGACGUGUCCUUGACCAUACAGAACGUGACGUCCGCCGACAGUGGGACCUAUUGCUGCCGCAUCGAGUUCCCAGGGCUACUGAACGAUAAAAAAUUAGACCUGAUGUUGGACAUCAAAGAGGCCAGGGUCACCCCUGCUUGGACUCCAUGGAGAGACUUCACUCCAGCCGUUCCACGACUACUCACCACCGAGGGACAUGGCUCAGACACACAGACCCCGGACACCCUCCAUGAUAAAACUCUAACACAAAUACCCGUAUUGGAUAACGAGUUACAAGACGCUGAUGCGACCACCAGACUGAGCAUCUACAUCGGAGCAGGGAUCUCUGCCGGGCUGACUCUGCUUCUUAUCUUUGGUGCUUUAAUUCUCAAAUGGUAUUCUCAUAGCAAAGAGAAGUUACAGAAUUCAAGCCUCAUCACUUUGGCUAACCGCCGUCCCUCAGGGUUAGCAAAUAUCGUAGAUGGGUGGCACUCAGAGGGAAACAUCUAUACCAUUGAGGAGAACAUAUACGAAAUGGAGGAUCCAUCUGAGUAUUACUGCCCCGUCCUCAGUGGGCCGCCAUCCUGACAACUUCGUGGUCACCCUGCUGUGCCAUCAGACCCAACUUCAUCCUUGAGCUUGCAUUGUCUUCUUUGAAAAGUAUCAAAUGUGUCAGCUGAUUGACUUUAAGUUCCUGUCAUGGCCACUGAGCACUGUUUUUCCAUUUUCUGAAGACAAAUAGCUCACAGAGGGGUUGAACCGUGACCUGCACGGUACUCAGGUUCCAGCAUUAUCUCUGCAUUCCAGCCAACGAGGUUACUCAACUCAGACUGCUAGUCGGGGCUUUAGAACUCAAAUAGGCUUCUGUGUAAAGUAGGAAUUCUUCAUAUGGGGUCUCUGGAAUUCCAGGAAAUUCAGUCACAUGACGUGUCCACAAAGCUCCUGGAGAUAUAUAGGAAAUUAUGUGUUGGUACAUGUGCGUGUCUUUUUUGGUACAGAAAAUGUAAAGGGGCCACUGAUUUUGAAAGAGAUCUUGAGCAAUGAAAGGUUAAGAAACUACUGGAGUAGGAGUAGAUGGUGUUGAUGGUUGCCUUUGCAUCUCAGGGUUUAAGCUUCUUAGAAGGUUGACUCUCCGACAUUAAGUGCCACUGCACAGCUGUCCUUCUCCAGGUAGGAAGAUGGUCCAGUAAGCCUGACGUGUGACAGAAGCUCCUUGAGAAAAAGGAAGCACACUUGGUGUACGUUGCCAAGUUUUGCUUGUGCUCGGAAAAGGAAAUAUCUGUGACCAACUUCUCUAUUCAUGGAGAGAACUGAACCUAUGUUUUUCACAGAAGAAGAAGCAGCGCCUGGGACCCAGAUUUCGUUUCCUGGUGGAAAGAAGGCAAAGGGCUCCAACAACCUGUAUUCGUCAGCAUCAGAUCCCUUGAUGGAAAGACAAUGGUCCCUAAGAUUCAAUUCCAAGAUUGUGGUGAC